GGGACACCAGCAGCGUUUGGCGAUUUCAACAAUGACGGGCACACCGACCUGUUUGUGAUUAGCAGCGACCAGAAGACAGUCGAGACAUGGGUGUGGGACAACAGCAACAAGGAGUUCAGCCAUCUGGCAGCGGCCGACAUCACCACAGCACACACCAUCACCAAUGUGGUGCCGGGCGACUUUGACAUGGACGGCCGCCUGGACCUGCUGGUGCAGGGGCAGCAGACGUCAAACGGCGAGACCUUUAUGAGUGUGUAUUUGGGCGAUGGCGCCAAGUUCAACGACGCCGUGGAUCUGCCAAGCGCGACCGAGGCACUGCCAUUUGCAUUCGACUAUAACGGUGACGGCCGCGUGGACUUCCUGGGACGGUCGUGGGACCAGCGCACAAAUGCAACGGGCCCGCAAACAUGGGUGUGGCAGAACACGCAGAAGCCCGGCACGGAAAUGUAUGAUUUGACGGCCUUUGUGCCUGGCGAUGGCACGCAGGAGAUGUGCCAGCCAGCAAGCCCGCACUCGAGCGCGUUCGUGGACCUGGACGGCGACUGCUUGGCGGAUCUGUUUAUUGUAUGUGCUGGCAACGAGGAGUACCAGAUCUGGACCAACUCGGCCGCAGGCUUCGUGUACUCGCAGACCGGCAAGCUGCCAACCAACGCCGGGCCCGUGAGCUUUGCCGAUAUCAACGCCGACGGCAGCCUCGACUUGGUGAUCCCAAUUCCGGGCAAAAGCCAGAUCUACGUGCUGUUCAAUACGCAGCGCCCGCUGUGCGUGGGUGAGCGCAAGAGUGGCGAGUGCCGCAAGUACCACGGCAUCUGCGAGGCCGACCCGCAGUUCUCGUUUUCGCUCAGCGACGCCAAGGUCAUCGAUAUCGACAAGCUUUGGCCCGGUGAAGUGCUGCUGAAAGACAUGGAGAAAUUUGAUGGCCAGGCGCCGCCGGCGGUGAAGAUCGCCGACUUCAACCUGGACGGGUUCCCGGACAUGGCGGUGGUGACGUCGAGCAGCAAGAAAUCAACGCACGUGCGUAUGCUCAAGUCGAUCAAAUGCACCGACUGCACAGCGCCGCGCGACGAGCGCUCGUUUGUGGUAGUCACGGCUGGCGUGCAGGUGCUGGAGGGGCUGGGGAGGCCACAGGACAUUGCGUUUUUCGACAUUGACGAGAGCGGCACCGUGGACAUGCUGGUGGCUCUGGUGGAUGCGAGCGGCAGCAAGCGCAUUACCGCCAUAUACAACAACUUCUUCACCGACGCCUUCUUCAUCAAGGCUGUGGUGUGUCCGGCUGACCAGCACACGCGCUCGCAUGCAGGCAUUCUGCCGGGGGCGUCAUUCAAGUAUUUGCUGGUGAGCGAUUCAGGCAAAAAGCACGUCGCGCAGUCGCCGCAGGUGCCGCAGACGGCGUACCGGGCGCUGUCGACGCCGUACUCGAUGAUUGGUCUGGGCCGCACCAACAACUACAUCGAGGACUUUUCUGUCGGCUCGACCGCGCAGCUGGGCACCAGGGCUAGGUCGUUCGAGGGCCUGAUCCCGAACUCGCAGGUUGUGGUGUUUCCCUACAACACCACCAGCGACUGGCGCCUGGAGCUGUACAUGAACCGCUCCGAGUCAACCCCGUAUAUUCUGGCCACGCUCCUGUCGUCGAUGGCUCUGCUGGGCAUCGCCGUCUUUGCCCUCAACACCAUGGAGCGCCGUGCCGACCAGCGCGAAAAGCAGCGCGCUCUGCACUCGAUCAACUUUGACGCGUUGUGA